UUCCCUGUCCCGGCUGCCCUUUCCACUCCUUCGCGGGGCCGGCCGCCCCUCCGGCCCCAGGAUGCAGAAUGUGAUUAACACGGUGAAGGGAAAGGCACUGGAAGUGGCUGAGUACCUGACCCCGGUCCUCAAGGAAUCAAAGUUUAAGGAAACAGGAGUUAUCACCCCAGAAGAGUUUGUGGCAGCUGGAGAUCACUUAGUCCACCACUGUCCAACAUGGCAAUGGGCUACAGGGGAAGAAUUGAAAGUGAAGGCUUACCUACCAUCAGGCAAACAAUUUUUGGUCACCAAAAAUGUUCCAUGCUACAAGCGGUGUAAACAGAUGGAAUAUUCAGAUGAAUUGGAAGCUAUCAUUGAAGAAGAUGAUGGCGAUGGGGGAUGGGUAGAUACUUAUCAUAAUACAGGUAUUGCAGGAAUAACUGAAGCAGUUAAGGAGAUUACACUGGAAAGCAAGGACAGUGUAAAACUCCAAGAUUGCUCAGCUUUAUGUGAGGAGGAGGAAGAGGAAGACGAAGGAGAAGCUGCAGAUAUGGAAGAAUAUGAAGAGAGUGGAUUGUUGGAAACAGAUGAGGCUACUCUAGAUACAAGGAAAAUAGUAGAAGCUUGUAAAGCUAAAACUGAUGCUGGAGGUGAGGAUGCUAUUUUGCAAACCAGAACUUAUGACCUUUACAUCACUUAUGAUAAAUAUUACCAGACACCACGACUAUGGUUGUUCGGCUAUGAUGAGCAACGACAGCCUUUAACAGUUGAGCACAUGUAUGAAGACAUCAGUCAAGAUCAUGUGAAGAAAACAGUGACCAUUGAAAAUCACCCUCAUCUCCCACCACCUCCUAUGUGUUCAGUUCACCCAUGCAGGCAUGCUGAGGUGAUGAAGAAAAUCAUUGAGACUGUUGCAGAAGGAGGGGGAGAACUUGGUGUUCAUAUGUAUCUUCUAAUUUUCUUGAAAUUUGUACAAGCUGUCAUUCCAACAAUAGAAUAUGACUACACAAGACACUUCACGAUGUAACAGAGAGUAUAGAAUCUACCCUAAUUAUUGGUUCUGAUUUUUAAGGAAUUAACCCAUAGAUGUGACCAUUGACCAUAUUCACCAAUAUGUACAAUUUCUCUAAUAAAGAGACUUAUGUUUAUGCAUUAAAUAAAAAAUGUUCCACUACCAGCCUUAUUUGUUUAAUAAAAAUGAGUGUAUGAGUGUAAA